GAUGUUCAACUCGUUUUUCAGGAUGGCGCCAAAUUUUGUAAACAUUUUGUGACCAUGGAAGAAUUGAAUUUGCCAAGUAAUGAAAAAUCUUCGAAUGUUCGUGAGUUUAUCGAUUCAGAAGAAAUAGAUUUCGGCACCGAACCACCUUCCCAUCCAACCAAUGUCGAAAAGCAAGCGGCGCACGACAAAGAAUCUAAUACGGAAGAGUCAGAAGAGCAACCAAUUUCUACAGAACUAGAAGUGGAUGUAGAUGUGCCGGAAGCGGAAGAAAUUGCUGUCGAUGACGCUCCGAGCGUAGAAGCGGAAGAUACUCCUGACUCUGAAGUACAUCCAGAGAGCACGGCGGUUAAAGCAAGCAGUAAAGAACCGUCAGAACAGCGGUUGACUCAAUUUCCGCUGAGUAAAAUCAAGAGUAUCAUGAAAUUCGACUCGGACGUUCAUAUAAUAUCGGCGGAAGCGAUUUUUUUAGUAACCCGGGCAGCGGAGUUGUUCGUCCAAACUAUGGCCAAAGAAGCGCACACACAUACGGUUGCAUCGAAAAAGAAAACAAUCGUUCGGCGAGAUGUGGACAUGACAAUAGAAUCGGUGGAUACACUGGUGUUUCUCGAAGGAAUGAUGAAUGUGUGAUUGUUUGGUAGUUUUUUUUAUUAUUUUGAAUACAUAGUUUGCUUUUCAUAAUUUUUUGAUGUUUUUCGAUACUUGAAGAAUCAAAUGUUCUAAACUCCGAAGAAAUCCAAAAUUGUAGAAAAGCGAAUUUCAAUAUUUCUCUCAUGUUAUCCCCGAGGUUAUUCCAACAUAAUAAAUAUGUACAUUAGAGUAAUUCAAAUUUUGACUUUUUCGCUCCCCUGUGUUUAAACGAUUGUUGUU